UCACUGGUGUGUCGACAACAACUAAUGAAUCUUCUACAACCAUCAUUGAUUCAUCGACAACAACUGGCGAACCCACAACAAUUGUCACUGAGUCAACAAAAACAACUGUUGAACCCACUACAACCGUGACUGGUGCAUCGACAACAACUGAUGAACCCACUACAUCCGUCACUGUUUCAUCAACAAAAUCUGUUUUCUCCACUACAACCAUCACUGAUUCAACAAAAACAACUGGUGAACCCACUACAACCCUCAGUGGUGUGUCGACAAUAACUGGUGAACCCACUACAACCCUCACUGUUGUGUCUACAACAGCUGGUGAAUCCACCACAACCCUCACUGGGGUGUCGACAAUAACUGAUGAAACCACUACAUCCAUGGCUGGUGAGUCAACAACAACUGGUGAACCCACUACAACCAUCAUUGAUGCAUCGACAACAGCUGGUGAACCCACUACAACCAUCAGUGAGUCAACAAAAACAAUUGGUGAACCCAAUAGAGCAGUCACUGGUUCAUCAACCACAACUGGUGAACCCACUACGACUGUCACUGGUGUGUCGACAACAACUAAUGAAUCUUCUACAACCAUCAUUGAUGCAUCGACAACAACUGGUGAACCCACAACAAUUGUCACUGAGUCAACAAAAACAACUGAUGAACCCACUACGACCCUCAGUGGUGUGUCAACUACAACUAAUGAAUCUUCUACAACCCUCACUGUUGUGUCUACAACAGCUGGUGAACCCACCACAACCCUCACUGGGGUGUCGACAAUAACUGAUGAAACCACUACAACCCUCAGUGGUGAGUCAACAAUAACUGGUGAACCCACUACAACCCUCACUGGGGUGUCGACAAUAAUUGGUGUGUCUACAAGUUAUGCAUCAACAGCUACUGUUACUGCAGCACCAACUACAACUGUCACGGGUGUGUCGACAACAACUGGUGAACCCACUACAACCAACAUUGAUGCACCGACAACAACUGGUGAACCCACUACAACAUUCAGUGAGUCAACAAAAUCAACUGGUGAACCCAUUAGACAAGUCACAGGUUCAUUAACACCAACUGGUGAACCCAGAACAACUGGUGAACCAACAACAAUUGUCACAGAAACAACAUAUACAACAGUUGAACCCAGUACAUCCGUGACUGGUGCAUCAACAACAGCUGGUGAAGCCACUACGACCGUCACUGGUGUGUCGACAACAACUAGUGAUUCCACUACAACCAUCACUGAGUCAACAAAAACAACUGAUGAACCCACUACGACCCUCAGUGGGGUGUCGACAAUAACUGAUGAAACCACUACAUCCAUGGCUGGUGAGUCAACAACAACUGGUGAACCCACUACAACCAUCAUUGAUGCAUCGACAACAGCUGGUGAACCCACUACAACCAUCAGUGAGUCAACAAAAACAAUUGGUGAACCCAAUAGAGCAGUCACUGGUUCAUCAACCACAACUGGUGAACCCACUACGACUGUCACUGGUGUGUCGACAACAACUAAUGAAUCUUCUACAACCAUCAUUGAUGCAUCGACAACAACUGGUGAACCCACAACAAUUGUCACUGAGUCAACAAAAACAACUGAUGAACCCACUACAACCGUCACUGGUGUGUCAACUACAACUAAUGAAUCUUCUACAACCCUCACUGUUGUGUCUACAACAGCUGGUGAACCCACCACAACCCUCACUGGUGUGUCGACAACAACUAAUGAAUCUUCUACAACCAUCAUUGAUGCAUCGACAACAACUGGUGAACCCACUACGACCCUCAGUGGGGUGUCGACAACAACUGGUGAACCCACUACAACUGAUACUGGUGCAUCGACAACAACUGGUGAACCCACAACAAAUGUCACUGAGUCAACAAAAACAACUGAUGAACCCACUACAACCGUGACUGGUGCAUCGACAACAACUGAUGAACCCACUACAUCCGUGACUGUUUCAUCAACAAAAUCUGGUUUCUCCACUACAACCAUCACUGAUUCAACAAAAACAACUGGUGAACCCACUACAACCCUCAGUGGUGUGUCGACAAUAACUGGUGAACCCACUACAACCCUCACUGGGUUGUCGACAAUAAUUGGUGUGUCUACAAGUUAUGCAUCAACAGCUAAUGUUACUGCAGCACCAACUACAACUGUCACGGGUGUGUCGACAACAACUGGUGAACCCACUACGACCGUCAAUAGUGUGUUGACAAUAACUGAUGAACCCACUACAACCAUGGCUGGUGAGUCAACAACAACUGGUGAACCCACUACAACCAACAUUGAUGCACCGACAACAACUGGUGAACCCACUACAACAUUCAGUGAGUCAACAAAAUCAACUGGUGAACCCACUAGACAAGUCACAGGUUCAUUAACACCAACUGGUGAACCCAGAACAACUGGUGAACCAACAACAAUUGUCACAGAAACAACAUAUACAACAGGUGAACCCAGUACAUCCGUGACUGGUGCAUCAACAACAGCUGGUGAAGCCACUACGACCGUCACUGGUGUGUCGACAACAACUAAUGAAUCUUCUACAACCAUCAUUGAUUCAUCGACAACAACUGGCGAACCCACAACAAUUGUCACUGAGUCAACAAAAACAACUGUUGAACCCACUACAACCGUGACUGGUGCAUCGACAACAACUGAUGAACCCACUACAUCCGUCACUGUUUCAUCAACAAAAUCUGUUUUCUCCACUACAACCAUCACUGAUUCAACAAAAACAACUGGUGAACCCACUACAACCCUCAGUGGUGUGUCGACAAUAACUGGUGAACCCACUACAACCCUCACUGUUGUGUCUACAACAGCUGGUGAAUCCACCACAACCCUCACUGGGGUGUCGACAAUAACUGAUGAAACCACUACAUCCAUGGCUGGUGAGUCAACAACAACUGGUGAACCCACUACAACCAUCAUUGAUGCAUCGACAACAGCUGGUGAACCCACUACAACCAUCAGUGAGUCAACAAAAACAAUUGGUGAACCCAAUAGAGCAGUCACUGGUUCAUCAACCACAACUGGUGAACCCACUACGACUGUCACUGGUGUGUCGACAACAACUAAUGAAUCUUCUACAACCAUCAUUGAUGCAUCGACAACAACUGGUGAACCCACAACAAUUGUCACUGAGUCAACAAAAACAACUGAUGAACCCACUACGACCCUCAGUGGUGUGUCAACUACAACUAAUGAAUCUUCUACAACCCUCACUGUUGUGUCUACAACAGCUGGUGAACCCACCACAACCCUCACUGGGGUGUCGACAAUAACUGAUGAAACCACUACAACCCUCAGUGGUGAGUCAACAACAACCGGUGAACCCACAACAAUUGUCACUGAGUCAACAAAAACAACUGUUGAACCCACUACAACCGUGACUGGUGCAUCAACAACAGCUGGUGAACCCACUACAUCCGUCACUGGUGUGUCGACAACAACUAAUGAAUCUUCUACAACCAUCAUUGAUGCAUCGACAACAACUGGUGAACCCACAACAACUGAUACUGGUGCAUCGACAACAACUGGUGAACCCACAACAAUUGUCACUGAGUCAACAAAAACAACUGAUGAACCCACUACAACCGUCACUGGUGCAUCGACAACAACUGAUGAACCCACUACAACCCUGACUGGUGUGUCGACAAUAACUGGUGAAACCACUACAACCAUCACUGGUGAAUCGAUAACAAUGGUUACAGCUGUACCCAUUACAACCGUAACUGGUGUAUUGACGACAACGAUUACAUCUGCACCCACUGCAACUGUAAGCGUUGCAUUGAAUAAAACUGGAGAACUCACUUCAACCGUCACUGGUAUGUCGACAACAAGUGGUGCAUCAACAACUACUGUUACAGCUGCACCCGCUACAACCGUCACUAGUGCAUCAAAUGCCACCACAACUACAAUAGCUACUCCUGUCAUCACUACUGCCAUCAUCACAGCCACGACAACUGCAACUACCGCUGUUGCAAUCACUAAGGUGACUGUGGUGUUCCGGUCCAGAGGAGAGACAUUUACCUCUGAUCUAUCAAACCCAUCUUCUCAGGCCUUUCAAACCCGAGCCUUACUCAUUAAAACUCAGGUUGAACCUUUCUAUCAAUCAGCUUUCACCUCUUUCAACAGUUUGACUGUGACAGAAUUCAGCUCUGGAUCCAUCAUCAAUACUGUAAAUGUAGCAUUCAGCUCCCCCUCUGUCCCUAAUAUCACGGAGAUUGGCACUGUUUUGAUAAAUGCUGCGCAAAACAUCACAGCUUUCAACAUUGACCCCUCCUCAGUGACAGUCAACAGCGCAGCUGCUCCUGCAACAAGUACUGUUCCUCCUACAACUUCUGUUACAACCACUGUGGCUGGUAUGACCACCACAACAACUGGAGAACCUGUCACUGUACCGGCUACCGUUCCUACAACUAGGCCCACAACUACAACCACUACAUACGUGGCCCCCACAACUACAGUGUCAAGGACAACAUCACCACUGUCAACAACUACCAGCACAGCUCCAACUACCACAACAACCAACGCACCAACCACUACUACGACACCUGCUACUACUACUAGUACAACCACUACUACAACACCUACUACUACUAGUACAACAACAACUACAACUAAAACAACAACUGCACAUCUCCAACCUGCUCCACUGGUGUCUUUCGUCAUACAACAAGUGUUUGUAGAUGCUUUAAAUGACCCUCAAAGUACAGAAUUCCAAGAACUUGCAGUGACUAUUGCUGCAGUGUUUGAUGUGAUCUACAAAACAAAAUAUGGGAUCCUUUUCAUCCGGACAAUUGUUAUUGGAUUCACACCUAUUUUCCAUUCUCGUAUGGAUGCAGAAACACAGGCGGAGGUCCAGCUAGUGUUCAAUGAGACCUCCACUCAAUCUGUCCCUGAGGUUACUGACAUUAGCAAUACACUGAAAGAGGCUGUGACCAAUCCAAACAUUACCUUUGGCAACCUCUCUGUGGAUGUUACCACCAUCAUUGUUAAAGCACCCACCACAAAUGCAACGGUUACUCCUGUCAUCACUACUUCCAUCAUCACAACUACAACAACUGCAACUACCGCUGUGGCACUCACUAAGGUGCCUGUGGUGUUCCGGUCCAGAGGAGAGACAUUUACCUCUGAUCUAUCAAACCCAUCUUCUCAGGCCUUUCAAAGCCGAGCAUUACUGAUUAAAACUCAGCUUGAACCUUUCUAUCGAUCAGCUUUCACCUCUUUCAACAGUUUGACUGUGACAGAAUUCAGCUCUGGAUCCAUCAUCAAUACUGUAAAUGUAGCAUUCAGCUCCCCCUCUGUCCCUAAUAUCACGGAGAUUGGCACUGUUUUGAUAAAUGCUGCCCAAAACAUCACAGCUUUCAACAUUGACCCCUCCUCAGUGACAGUCAACAGCACAGCUGCAGCCACAAAAAUACUUACCAGUGCAAUAACAACGAGUGGCUUAUCGACAAGAACUGGUGAACCCACUACAACCGUCACCAGUGUGUCGACAAUGAGUGGUGCAUCAACAACUGCUGUUACAGCUGAACCCACUACAACUGUCAAUGAUGCACCGACAACAACUGGUGAACCCAAUACAACCAUAACUGAUACAUCAACAACAACAACUGGUGAACCCACUGAAACCGUCACUGGUUCAUUGAAACUAACUGGUGAAUUCACUACAACCGUCACUGGUGUGUCGACAACAACUGACAAACCAACUACAACCAUCACUGGUGUGUCGAUAAAGUUUACAGCUGCACCCACUACAAACGUCACUGGAGCAUCAACAACAACUGGUGAACUUACUUCAGCCGUUGUUGGUGUGUCGACAACAAGUUACGAAUCAACAACUACUGUUACUGCAGCACCCACUAUAACCGUCACGGGUGUGUUGACAACAACAGGUGAACCCAAUAUAAACGCUACUGGUGCACCAAAAACUACUGAUGAACCCACUACGACCAUCACUCGUGUGUCGACAACAAGUGGUGAACCCCCUACAUCCAUCACUGGUGUGUCGACAACAACGUUUACAACUGUACCCAUUACAAACGUAACUGGUGCAUUGACAACAACUGGUGAACUUACUUCAACUGUCAUUGGUGUGUCGUCAACAAGUUAUGCAUCAACAAUUACUGUUACUGCAGCACCCACAACAACCGUGUCGACAACAACUGGUGAACCCACUACAACCGUGUCGACAACAACUGUUGAACCCACUGCAACCGUUACUGGUGCAUUGACAACAACUGGUGAACCCAGAACAACCAUUACUGGUGUGUCGGCAACAACUGGUGAACCCACUGCAACCAUCACCGGUGUGUUGACAACAACGGUUACAGCUGUACCCAUUACAAACAUAACAGGUGCAUUGACAACAACUGGAGAACUCACUUCAACCGUCACUGGGGUAUUGACAAGAACUGGUGAACCCAGAACAACCGUCACUGUGGUGUCGACAACAAGUGAUGCAUCAACAACUACAUUUACUGCAGCACCCACUACAACCGUCAUGGGUGUGUUGACGACAACUGGUGAACCCACUACAACCGUCGAUGGUGUGUCGACAACAACUGAUGAACCAAUUACAACUAUCAGUGGUGUGUUGAUAACAAAGUUUACAGCUGCACCCAUUACAAACGUCACUGGAGCAUCAACAACUGGUGAACUUACUUCAACUGUCAUUGGUGUGUCAACAACAAGUGAAGCAUCAACAACCACUGUUACUGCAGCACUAACUACAACUGUCACUGGUGUGUCAACAACAACUGGUGAACCCACUGCAAACAUCACCGGUGUGUUGACAACAACGGUUACAGCAGUACCCAUUACAACUGUCACGGGUUUGUCGACAACAACUGGUGAACCCACUACAACCAUCACUGGUGUGUCGACAACAACUGGUGAACCCACUGCAACCCUCACCGGUGCAUCAACAACUAAUACUACAGCUGCACCCAUUACAACUCUCACUGAUGCAUCAACAACAAUGGUUACAGCUGUAUCCAUUUUAACCGUAACUGGUGCUUUGACAACAACGGUUAGAGCCGCAGCCACUACAGCCGUCACUGGUGUGUCGACACCAAGUGAUGCACCAACAGCUACUGUUACUGCAGCACCCACUACAACCGUCAUGGGUGUGUUGACGACAACUGGUGAACCCACUACAACAUUAACUGGUUCAUCGACAACUACUAGUGAACCCACGACAGCCGUUACUGGUCCAUUGACAACAUCUGGUGAACCCACUACCACAAUCACUGGUGUGUCGACAACAAUGGUUACAGCUGUACCCAUUACAACCGUAACUGGUGCAUUGACAAGAGCGAUUACAGUGGCUCCAAAUACAACCAUCACUGUUGUGCCGUCAACUACUGAUGAACCCAAUUCAACUGUCACUGGUGGGUUGACAACAACUGGUGAACCCACUACAACCGUCACUGGUGCAUCGACAACAACGGUUACAGCUGUACCCAUCACAUCAAUAGGUGGUGCAUUGACAACUGGAGAACUCCCUUCAACCGUCACUGCUGCUCUUGCAACAAGUACUGUUCCUCCUACAACUUCUGUUACAACCCCUGUGGCUGGUACUACCACCACAACAACUGGAGAACCUGUUACUGUUCCGGCUACCGUUCCUACAACUAGGCCCACAACUACAACCACUACAUACGUGGCCCCCACAACUACAGUGUCAAGGACAACAUCACCACUGUCAACAACUACCAGCACAGCUCCAACUACCACAACAACCAACGCACCAACCACUACUACAACACCUACUACUACUACUAGUACAACCACUACUACAACACCUACUACUACUAGUACAACAACAACUACAACUAAAACAACAACUGCACAUCUCCAACCUGCUCCACUGGUGGUUUUCGUCAUACAACAAGUGUUUGUAGAAGCUUUAAAUGACCCUCAAAGUCCACAAUUCCAAGAACUUGCAGUAACUAUUACUGCAGUGUUUGAUGUGAUCUACAAAGCAAAAUAUGGGAUCCUUUUCAUCCGGACAAUUGUUAUUGGAUUCACACCUAUUUUCCGUUCUCGUAUGGAUGCAGAAACACAGGCGGAGGUCCAGCUAGUGUUCAGUGAGACCUCCACUCAAUCUGUCCCUGAGGUUACUGACAUUAGCAAUACACUGAAAGAGGCUGUGACCAAUCCAAACAUUACCUUUGGCAACCUCUCUGUGGAUGUUACCACCAUCAUUGUUAAAGUGCCCACCACAAAUGCCAACUCAACUGCAACGGUAACUCCUGUCAUCACUACUUCCAUCAUCACAACUACAACCACUGAAACUACCGCUGUGGCACUCACUAAGGUGACUGUGGUGUUCAGGUCCAGAGGAGAGACAUUUACCUCUGAUCUAUCAAACCCAUCAUCUCAGGCCUUUCAAAGCCGAGCAUUACUGAUUAAAACUCAGGUUGAACCUUUCUAUCGAUCGGCUUUCACCUCUUUCAACAGUUUGACUGUGACAGAAUUCAGCUCUGGAUCCAUCAUUGAUACUAUGAAUUUAGCAUUCAGCUCCUCCUCCGUCCCAAAUUCCAAGGAGAUUGGCACUGUUUUGAUAAAUGCUGCGCAAAACAUCACAGCUUUCAACAUUGACCCCUCCUCAGUGACAGUCAACGGCACAGCUGUGACCUCAAGUGGAGUAAGCAGCAAGACCAGUCUCUUCACAGCAUUCUUUCUGGUGGUUCUGUCUCUGCUACUGUCAAGCCAGCAUUAGUCUCAGUGGUAACGCCCACUUGGUAGUCAUAUUUUCACUUUGAGAACUUCCCACACAUUCCAACCCCUACAUAAAUUCCACCCAUGAUUUGACUAGUCUCCAAAAUGAAAUGAAGUCUUGUAAGCUGACAUAAGAUACAGUCUAUGUGGCAGUUGAACACAAUGAUGUGAUAUAAUUACUGCCUAUUCAAUCAAAAUGUGUAAGUGCAUGGGUUUCCAUCAUAAGUCAAUGUUAUUUCCAUGCAAUGACAAAGCAUGUUUGAUUUAAUAUGCACUUAUUUUUGAUUCACUCUGUUGCUGAUAUGAACUAAAACAUUGAUUCACUCUUGCUGAUAUGAACUAAAACGUUGAUUUACUCUCUUGCUGAUAUGAACUAAAACGUUGAUUCACUCUUUUGCUGAUAUGAACUAAAACAUUUAAUCACUCUGUUGCUGAUAUGAACUAAAACAUUUAAUCACUCUGUUGCUGAUAUGAACUAAAACAUUGAUUUACUCUCUUGCUGAUAUGAACUAAAACAUUGAUUCACUCUUGCUGAUAUGAACUAAAACGUUGAUUUACUCUCUUGCUGAUAUGAACUAAAACGUUGAUUCACUCUUUUGCUGAUAUGAACUAAAACAUUUAAUCACUCUUUUGCUGAUAUGAACUAAAACAUUGAUUCACUCUUGCUGAUAUGAACUAAAACGUUGAUUUACUCUCUUGCUGAUAUGAACAAAAACAUUUAGUCACUCUGUUGCUGAUAUAAACUAAUGAGAGCAAUAUUAUAUUUCAUAUUUUGACUUAACCAGUGAAACCUGGAUAACUGAUUUAAAUAAGGCCCUUUGGAGCAAAAUGUUCAAAGAUUUAAACAAUUAUGAAUGUAGUCUUCAUCAUGUAUCUGUUAUACCAUAUAAUGCAAUUCUGUUAUCAAUUGUCCUGAUAUUGUGCCAGUGUAAGGUUGUCUGCUUUUUCUGGAGGUACACAAUCUUUAAUACAUGUCUUUCUCUCGUGAAGAUUCAGGCCAUUGUAUUGUUUACUAUUUGUUGACUAAAUGAGUGGAUUGGAUGACAAGGUAAA